CAAGGUGUAGUUAUCAUGGCCCACCGCACAUCAUCCUCUUCCCUAAACCCCCCAAAACCCACAGAGCACAGCCACUGAAAAAGAAAGAUUGAAUCCGCAGAACGUAGAUAUGGGCACGACGGCAAAAGCCCUCUCUUUCUCUCUUCUAUCUUUGCCCAAACGCUUCUCCUUCAACAGGCCCCUUUUCUUCUCACUACCGUUACAUGUUCAUCCACCACCUCACAGGGUAGUUUUCCACAGAUUCAGGCCACUUUGCACCGCCACCGCCGCAGAAACCGCCACCACGGGAUCAGCCACUGAUGAAACUGAUGCCCUGCAGCCCAUAAAGCACUCAAUUCUCUUGGAAAGGCUUAGGCAGAGGCACCUUAAAGAUUCUCCCCAGACUUCAAAGCCCUCUACUGCCAGCCCACCUCCAUUGAGUGGUUCCAAGAAAGUAAAAUAUGGAGAUGCCGAGAGUUCAAGAAAGAAGAAGAGUGGUGGGGUGGAGAUGGUUUCGAGUUUUGAGGAGUUGGGUUUAAGUGAGGAGGUGAUGGGGGCUUUAGGAGAAAUGGGAAUUUCAGUCCCGACUGAGAUUCACGCCCACACUGGUUCUGGCAAGACUCUGGCUUACCUUUUGCCUCUUGUACAGUUGCUCAGAAGAGAUGAAGCUUUACAUGGUAUGCUGAUGAAGCCCAGACGUCCUCGGGCUGUUGUACUAUGCCCAACAAGGGAGCUCUGUGAGCAGGUGUUCCGUGUGGCCAAGUCUAUUAGUCACCAUGCACGAUUCCGAUCAACCAUGGUAAGUGGUGGUGGACGUUUAAGACCCCAAGAAGAUUCUUUGAACAGCCCGAUAGACAUGGUUGUGGGGACUCCAGGCCGAGUUCUGCAACAUAUAGAAGACGGCAAUCUAGUGUAUGGCGACAUCAGAUACUUGGUCUUGGAUGAGGCAGACACCAUGUUUGAUCAUGGCUUUGGCCCUGACAUCCGCAAAUUUCUUGGACCAUUGAAAAACCGUGCCUCUAAACCUGAUGGUCUAGGAUUUCAAACUGUAUUAGUCACUGCAACAAUGACAAAGGCAGUCCAGAAGCUGGUUGAUGAGGAAUUCCAAGGAAUUGCUCAUUUGCGCACUUCUACACUCCAUAAGAAGAUUGCUUCAGCUCGUCAUGAUUUUAUCAAACUCUCAGGUUCAGAAAAUAAGCUGGAAGCCUUGUUGCAGGUUCUUGAGCCAAGUUUAGCAAAAGGAAACAGAGUGAUGGUUUUCUGUAACACAUUGAACUCUAGUCGAGCUGUAGAUCACUUUUUAAACGAAAACCAAAUCUCUACUGUCAAUUACCAUGGGGAGGUGCCGGCUGAACAAAGGGUCGAGAACCUGGAAAGGUUUAAGAGCAAUGAUGGAGAUUGCCCCACCUUAGUCUGCACAGAUUUGGCAGCGAGAGGAUUGGAUUUGGAUGUUGACCAUGUUAUCAUGUUUGAUUUUCCCUUGAAUUCUAUUGAUUACCUCCACCGCACUGGAAGAACUGCUCGCAUGGGUGCAAAAGGAAAGGUGACAAGUCUGGUUGCUAAAAAGAAUUUAAUUUUGGCCACUCGCAUUGAGGAAGCUAUAAUGAAGAAUGAGAGCCUGGAAUCUCUCUCCGUAGAUAGUAUAAAAAGGGAUCUUGCCAGGUCCCACAUAAAUGAGCAGAAGGAGAGAAAUGCAAAGAUGGCAAGAGUUUCCAGUUUGAAGAACAAGGCUAAAGCUGCCUCAAAAUCACCUGAAGCCCGUAGCAAAGCAAUAGUCACCAGGAAAACCUCAGCACCUAAAUCCAGCAAAGCUCCUGCAAUUUCCAAAGCUAAGUCGGUCAUUAAAGUUUUGAAAACAUCUAAGACAUCUUCUCGCGGCAGCACCCCAAGAGGCACGACGUCUAGUGGGAAGAAACAGUUGGGAAGUAGAAACUCGGGGGUCGUUAGAUCUACGUCGAAGCUAAAUGUUGUUGGAUUUAGGGGCAGGAGUGCAGUAAAGGCAGGUUGAUAUCUACCAGCUUGAUUCUUUUCUUGAUGUAUCAUAUCUUUUGUUUUCUUUCCUUUCUGACUGAGACAGUAAAUUAUCCAUUACAUCGGCAUCUGGGGAAAAAUAGUUAUACCAGAGCUGCACAAGAUUAUGUUACACAAUGAACUUAACAUACGCUACUUAGCUCUGUUUGAUCUCUA